CAACAUCGAUGUAGGUCCCCAAUCUACAUAGUUCGAAUCUGUCAUGUUCAGCUGCACGAAGCAUCGUGUCGAUGGACGUAUCUUGACCUAUGGCGGCCUCUGAUCACAGCGGGGAACAGUGCGCCCGAACCCCGGCAUCUUCGCGGGCAGUGAAGCAGAAAAGGAUACAGCAACGCAGGUACGGUUUUGCUUGCUCGACUUGCAGAAGGAAAAAGGCACGAUGUGACGGUAAAUAUCCCGCCUGUCAGAAAUGCUGCGACUCCGGGGAAGCGUGUACGUAUGACAAGAGACCUUCUGUAGCCUAUGCUGUGUCACUUCAGAAUCAACUCCAGGCCUACAAAGAUCGUUUCGCACGUUUACGCCAGGUAUCGGACAAAGAACGAACAACACUCCUUGGGGAAUUGCUCACUGCUGAAGGCGAAUUCAAAAACACCAUCUCAAUAGCACAGUCGCACCACGACCGGAAUGGAGCCAAUCGUCAACAAAGCCGCAGUGACUCGGAGUUUGAAGAUGCCUCGGAUGGGGAACAGCAUGAAGCCCCCGAUGAAGCAUCGCUGGACCCAGACGGUCGGCUUGUCUUCUACGGAAAGACAAGUCUGUAUCAUCUUGGUCCCCAGGAGGAUGCCAGAUACGAUCCUCAGACUGAAAACAUACCGGAUGAGAACGGUUUCGUGAUACCCGAACCGCCAGCCCACAGUAGCUCCGCGAGCCAUGAGACCCCAGGAUACUUUGCUCACGAUGCGAACGAUAGCUUACCUCAAUUCAUAUCUGAAAUCGAUGCGAGCCUCCUGAAUCAUCUUCUGGAAACCUACUGGUGUUACCCGCAGCACCUGCAUUGCGUCCUCUGCAAGAGUCUCUUCAUGCGUGACCUUUUUAUCUCAGGCCCAUACGUAUCACCAUUUCUAUUGAGUGCUGUACUCACUCAAGCCGCCCGGUAUUCGACAAGACCAGACGCGGGUGAAGUGGGAGAGCGCUUCGCCAAGAAGGCACUGGAACUGCUCGUCGAAGACAUUGACCGAGGGAGCUCCAUCCCAACUAUACAAGGCCUGCUCAUAUUCUCCUCUCGCGAGUGUGCUUGCGGGAGGACAUCUCAAGGGUGGCUUUACAGCGGGAUGGCGUUCAGAAUGAUGCGUGAUCUCGGCUUGCAUGUGCCAAUCAGAAGGUUGGGUUCCCUUUCACGGCAAUUCUCUCGCGAGGAUCUCGCUCUUCGACAACAAGUCUUUUGGAGCUGCUACACCUGGGACAAGACGAUGUCGCUUGCAUUGGGGCGUGCCCCGAUUAUCCAUGAUCACAUUGAGCUUCCGACACCAGAGACGUUUCUCGAUGGUCCUGAGGCGGACGACGAAAUAUGGAUUCCUGUCACAGGGGAUGCUUCAAUAUCACAGGGGUUUCUGCAGCACAGGACCAUGUCGAUCACCAGGUUCGCCGCCUACUGCGAGCUGUGUACGAUCAUUGACAGUAUCCUCGACCACUUGUACUCCCGGCCGCAUCGUUCACAGAACCACCUUGUCACAUACCUUCAAACAACACUAUCAAAGCUAGAAGACUGGUCGUCACGCUUGCCACAGGAACUCCUGAUAAAGGAAGACAUCAAGAGGAUGAGAUGCCCUCCUCUGCAUAUCCUUCUUUUGAAUCUUCUCUAUCACGCAACAACAAUCCUGCUGUGUCGUCCUUACAGAAAGGUGUCCGACAAGGCCAAGGAACAAUGCACCGCCGCCGCUGGAAUGAUCGACAUGCUCUUCACCUUGCACGUUCGUAGAUUCGGCUUUCGUUUCAUCACAUAUCUUCAGAGUUACACCAUGUUUGUGGCUUGCACAAUCAACGUCUUGAAUCUCAAGGAGAAUCGGAACUCGACUGCAGAGACAGGAUCCGAAGACGACCCGCAAAUGUCCGUCGCCCAGGAGGCCAGUGGGAGGCUUGAUUUUGGGUUAGAGGUCCUUCGGCAGGCCGGGAGCACGCCCUCAGCACUUCGAUGUGCUGCCAUAAUCGCUAAAUUGCUGGAGAAGAAGACUGGCAGUGGAUUUCGACAGUAUCCUCUCGAGCAACAGCCACCCUCAUUCCAUGAAAGAACAAGACGCACAUCGAGCGUGCAUAGCAGCCAGCUUGAUGAAUCGCCGACCCGUCCAAGACCAUGUGUCAAUGCCAGUACGCAUCUGACGUCUGACAUGACCUUGGUGAACCCAAGUGCAAUGUAUCAUACUCUGUCAGAUAUGCGCAAUCAAGGCAACCUACCUUCUGAGACAGUCGCCAUGGACAAUGCGAAUUUUGGUCCCGGGCAAACAUUCCCAUACCAGACCGAAACCUUCCUAGACAGUGCCGCCCCACUUACAGGCUCGACAACCCUCCCUUACACCGGAAACUCAAUGCAGAACAGCGUGGGGAUCAUUGAGACACCAUUGCGAUGGCUUCCUGACAAUCUGUACGAUGACGGCAGCUGGAUGUUGAUGGACGUGGACUUUGAAAACCUGCCUCUGGUGCCCAUGCCGCCCUGAGUAGACCAGGAGAUCAGAAUGCUUGGGGACAAUGAUUCUAUAGAUGAAAGGAUAGGUAAAAUAGGCAACUCUGCAAUUACAGUGAUAAUUGUGAAAACUCUGCGGUUCUGACGAGCUGCCACACUCUCGAGACCAGAAAAGGGGCGUAAGGCUGGCCCUUCACGUGACAGCAUAAUCGGCUGACCUCUGUACCGUGGUAACUUGGAAGGAACUGGUGUCAGGAAUUGCACAGCUAGGCGUUGCGAGACUGCCGAGGAAGGAGU